AUGGUCAAGAAGAGGGCGAACAACGGUCGCAACAAGAACGGCCGCGGCCACGUCAAGCCCGUGCGCUGCUCCAACUGCGCCCGCUGCGUUCCCAAGGACAAGGCCAUCAAGCGCUUCACCAUCCGCAACAUGGUCGAGUCCGCUGCCAUCCGUGAUAUCUCUGAGGCCUCCGUCUUCGCUGAGUACUCUGUCCCCAAGAUGUACCUCAAGCUCCAGUACUGUGUGUCCUGCGCUAUCCACGGAAAGAUCGUCCGUGUUCGCUCCCGCGAAGGCCGCCGCAACCGUGCUCCCCCCCCCCGCAUUCGCUUCAACAAGGAUGGCAAGAAGCUCCAGCCCCCUUCUGCCGCCAAGGCUUUGUAA